GGACAGGGACAGGAGAAGUGGUUGAGAGCGUUAUUUAAUGCCGGGUGUGACUGAAUGAGUGUGUAUCUGUUUUAAAAGAUCGAGGAGCGAGGGGAGAGGAUUCAUCGCGUUUCCGAUCUCCCGAAGAAGAAGAAGAAAAAAAAAAAAAAAAAGUUACCAUUGGCGGGUAACCAGGAUUGACAAAAAAAAAGAUUCACGGAUCCUCUUUUUUCCAGAGUUUGAACCACGGUUUUCGCUGGCUGCUGUGGUUUGAAUUGCGUGUUGCCACCAGUGGCAGCGCUAGGGAUUGCAUUUAUCAGAAAUAAAGAAAGAGAAAGAAAGAGAGCGCUGCCUGGAAGCUUUCUUCCUGAAUCUACAAUGCUGUCGAAUACCCUGAAUCAGAAUGCGCCAGCUACAUUAUUUCCGACCCCGCAACAGCAAACAGCUCAGCAGCAAAAUACAACCCAGCCGGCGUUCCCUCCGCCGCUCCACGUCAAGCCAUUUCUGUACAUUAGGAAGAACGCUAUAACCGACGACUACAAGGUCACCAGUCAAGUACUAGGGCUGGGCAUUAAUGGAAAAGUUUUGGAGAUCUUUGCUAAGAAAACGGGAGACAAAUUUGCUCUCAAGAUGCUGCAGGACUGUGCGAAGGCACGCAGGGAGGUGGAGAUGCAUGCCCGUGCGUCGCAGUGCACCCACAUUGUGCGCAUCGUCGAGGUCUACGAGAACCUGUACCAGGGUAGGAAGUGCCUGCUGAUCGUCAUGGAGUGUAUGGAUGGUGGUGAAUUGUUCAGCAGAAUUCAAGACAGAGGGGACCAGGCAUUCACUGAGAGGGAGGCAUCGGAGAUCAUGCACAGUAUAGGAGAAGCAAUCCAGUACUUGCAUUCAAUCAACAUUGCACACAGAGACGUCAAGCCAGAAAACUUGUUGUAUACCACAAAAAGGCCAACCGCACUUUUAAAACUCACCGAUUUCGGAUUCGCCAAAGAAACCACGACCCACAAUUCCCUGGCUACUCCAUGCUACACACCUUACUACGUGGCCCCGGAAGUUCUUGGGCCAGAGAAGUAUGAUAAGUCCUGUGACAUGUGGUCCCUGGGAGUCAUCAUGUAUAUACUGCUCUGUGGGUACCCCCCGUUCUACUCCAACCACGGGCUGGCAAUCUCCCCCGGGAUGAAGAAGCGAAUUCGCAUGGGGCAGUACGAGUUCCCCAAUCCAGAGUGGUGUGAGGUGUCUGAGGAAGCUAAACAGCUGAUCAGACAUCUGCUGAAGACGGAACCCACACAGAGGAUGACCAUAACAGAGUUCAUGAACCACCCCUGGAUCAAUCAAUCGAUGGAGGUGCCACAGACUCCACUGCACACCAGCCGAGUGCUGAAGGAGGAGAAAGAUCUGUGGGAGGAUGUGAAGGAGGAAAUGACCAGUGCCUUGGCUACCAUGAGAGUCGAUUACGAGCAGAUUAAAAUCAAGACAAUAGAAGACUCCUCCAAUCCACUGCUGAUGAAGAGGCGCAAGAAGGCGAGCAACCCCCCGAUGCAAGCCCCCAGCCAUUGAGAAACCCCCCCACUCCCACUACCAUGAGAGACACACCAAGCAA